GAAUUAUAACGCUAAGUGAAAGUGUAGGAAUCAGCACCAUUACUUGUGUAACUAAAUUAGGCCUAAGAGGAUAAUUCUUCACAUAUUAACCCUAGGAAGAACUACGCCCUCUACAGGCAAGUUCUUGUAAUUAACUUGAUACGACCAAAGGCAUUCCAAACGAGUUUUCAGAAACCACCCAGUAAUCAACCUUGCACGGAAGCUUUUGUUAGUUCCGUUGAAUCCCGUUAGAGGGCACUGUAAAACAAGUGUGAUAGAAAGAGAAGGCGAAAUACGGCCGCGACGACAUGCAGGAGCGGUCGCGCGCGCUAUAGCCAAACAAAUGGUUCCGGCAGUGUGGUGAGUGCUUGCCUGCGAGCUGUGUGUGUCGACACCUCGCUCGCGUCACGUCGCGCGUGAACCAAAAUAAAUCCAUCUGUUCAAAUAUUGUGCAAGUUUUUUUUAUUAUUUCCCCCAAAAACAGACGAAACAAGAUGUGUGUGCUCCACGCUCCCAGAGGCAGCGAAUAGUUUUGAGUUCUUAUUUUGUGUAGUGCCUGUGUUUUUUGUUUUUCUGUGACUGGAUUUAUUUGAGCGGUGUAUGAAGAACGAUUAAAAGAUCGGGGUAGAGUUUAAAAUGGUGCGAUGACGUGGAAGAGAUGCUGCUGCAGCAGGCGUCGUCGUCGCCUGGUCCCAGCGGCGCGGCCAGUCCCAAACUCGCCCCGAGUCCUCGGCCCAACCCCAGCCCUAGUCUCAGCGCUAGGCUGACGGGUAGCCCGAGCUUAAGCGAUGGGCCCUCGAGUUCUAACAGCCCCAAGUUGGGCGGUAACAGCCCGAAACUGGGAGCCAGUCCCAAGUAUGGAAGUCCAAGACUCAGUGGCAGCCCUCGACCUUCGACGGCAGUGGAAGAUGAAGCAGCACUCGAAAGGCUACAAGUAGAACUGAAAGAAGGGUGGACGGUGCACACCGGGAGAGAUGGCAGGCUGUACUAUUGCAACCACAUCACCCGCACAGCCAGCUGGCUACCCCCGGUGGAGAGCUGGCCGUCAUCACGCGACGGGAGCUCUAGCAGCCAUGCCGACCCUGAUGACCUCGACGACCUGCCCUACGGGUGGGAGCAGGCGCUGGAUAGCCGCGGGAAACCUUAUUAUAUCAACCACGUCAACAAAACAACUACAUACGUGGCUCCAGAGGGCUGCGCGUGCGAGUCCCCUCCGGCGCCAAGGGACGUGGUGCUGGAGCGUGACCCAGAGCUGGGCUUCGGCUUCGUGGCGGGCUCCGAGCGGCCCGUGCUCGUACGUUUCGUCACCGACAACUCACCCAGCGUGGGCAAGCUAGAACCAGGCGACCAGAUACUAUGCGUGAACGGCGAGGAUGUGAGCUGCAGUGCGCGCGAGCACGUCAUUUCCGCGGUCCGCGCAUGCGCGGAACGCGUCACGCUGCGGGUGUGCCAGCCUGCUCGUACUGGCAACCCUAUGAGGCGAUCCGCUCUCCUGUCUGCUGCUAAAAGGGCCAGGUUAAGAGCGAGACCGCCCCGAGUGAGAUUCGCUGACUCAGUUCAGUUGAAUGGUGCACCUAUGUACCCUCCGUCAGCAUUCUCUUUGGGCGAUCUCUGCUUGCCUCCGAUGGCGAAUGUCCUCAAGGUAUUCCUCGAGAAUGGUCAGACCAAGUCGUUCAAGUAUGACACGACCACCACCGUCGCCGACGUGGUCACCAGCCUCAAAGACAAGCUCUGCAUCACCGCUGAAGAACACUUUAGUUUGGUGGUAGAGCACGUUAAGAGUGUGAGAAGGAAUAAGCUGACACUACUGGACCCGAAGGAGUCUUUGGCUAGGAUCGCCGCACGUCCAGGCUCCCACAAGAUGCGCUGCCUCUACCGAGUAGUCUUCAUGCCCUCCUCAGCAGCAGAACUAGCCCAGCGGGACCUCAACGCCCUGGACUACCUGUACAUGCAGAGCUGCAACGAUGUCGCCCAGGAACGCUUCGCUCCGGAGCUGCAGCCGGAUGUGGCGCUCAGACUGGCUGCCUUGCAUAUGCACCAACAUGCACUCGCCAAUAACUUCUCGCCAGCUAAGCUCACCGUUAAGGCUGUUGAACGAGAAUUCGGCUUGGAGCGUUUUGUGCCGAGCGGUCUUCUUGAGAGUAUGAAGAAUAAGGAGCUACGCAGGCUGAUUGCGCACUUCCUCAAGCUCAACUCGCAGAUGACGGGCAGCCAGCGGCAGCUGACGCAGCUGCAGGCCAAGCUCCACUACCUGGACAUCGUGGCUGGCCUGCCGAGUUACGGCGCCAAGUGCUUCAGCAGCACGCGGCCUGAGCGGGUACUGCUCGUGUCGCCGAGGUUUGGACUUAGUCAGAUCGUGGGCCGGAGUAACUCUGUGCCCCAACCAAUAGCCUCGUUAGAAGAAGUGGAAGCCAUCAGAGUGAAACGCGAGUGCGACGGCUGCGCCGACGUAGCCAUCUUCCUGCGGAGACACGGCGUGCUCGCCCUGUUGAUGGACGAGCGCGAUGCUGCCGAGAUGCCGCUUGUUAUUGCUGGGUAUUACCGUCUUGCUACUGGUCAAGAGUUGAACGUGGAGCAGGAAAGAGAGCCUAUCACAGAAGACAUAGCUCCACCAUAUCUAUCGCAGCACUGCGUGCUUCCAGCGAAGUGGAGCUACCUUCGCUACGACCACCCUGAUAUUCUCACGAAGAAGCACUAUGCUAUAUUCAGCAUGCCCCCUCCGUACCACUCUACGCCAGAGCAGAAAUCUUUGGACACCAAUAUGAACUCUAGUAUUACUAACAGAAACCAUAGUAAUAACUCCAGCCCUCUUAUAGGUUACGAUUCCAAGCCUGGGUUACUAGGCCACGACGUACACUUUGAGAAAUGCAAACGAAAUGAAGAGUUCAGAUUGUUCGAUCCAAACGACUCGUGUUACUUAGACGACGGUAUGGGAUUCGAUCUUCAAAGUGUUCUGUCUAUGGAACUCUUAGAGAACGCAGCGAACCCCAAACUAGUAGAAGCGAAGAACGAAGAAGUGUUAAGACGAGUAGCAGAGAUGCAGAAGCUUGUAGAAAAUUCCGAACAAUAUUUGACUGAAAACUGUGAUGCUUAUACUGAAGACUAUAAUGGUUUGUUGAGAGACGAACUGGUUGGUAAAGAAACUAGUGUAGAUCACUUAGAAAGCGAUACAGAGUCUAACAAUAGUAGAAUGUCGGCGGUCGACGAUGCGCCAGGUAUUCUCAAACAUAGUGACUCAUUGUUACUGCUAACGGAAACCAUAAAUCAAGGUUUAAGCGGUUUAAGUGUCCCAGAAACGGAAAAGGACAAUAACACUAGUUUAACCAAUCGACAAUCUCAAGGGCUUAGUGCCAUACUAAAUAAUUGUGGUCUUACUGACGCUUUAUUAGCUCUAAAUACUGAUCUUGAAAGCGAUAACGAUUCUCUUUAUACGCCAACGAACAGUCCCAUUCGAAAACAUCAACAGAAGUCAACAAACAAUAAAAUAGUUAGAACCAGCUUCGGACUGCAUAGUCCUGAUGCUACUUUAGAUAAUAAGGAAACGAAUUUGAAGGAAUAUUUGAAACAAUUGAGAGAGAAGAGUAGUAAAGAAGAAUCAGAAACAAAACUAGAGGAUUUUCCGUGUUAUUACCAAGAAAGUAUUGUAGAUAACGAUGCCGAGCUUAUAGAUUUAACUUUGAUACCUCCUCCACAAACACCAGAUGAAUUAGAUGGUGCCACGCAAGUGCCUCAAAUACUGCCUGUUGUGCCACCUUCUUUCGCCGACGAAAAAGCGAAUUCACAGGAAAAUCUUACACAAGCACCAAAGGCUAAUACAUUGGAAGAAUUUAUUGCCAAUGUGACUAUACAGCCGCCUACUGUUAAGGUUACACCUGCAAUAGAACUGACUCCUGAAGAGAUAAUGUCUUACAUCAUUCCACCACCUCCCGGAUCGAACUCGUCGACUUUAGAUAGAGAACAAGUUAGUUAUGUGAAUCAAAGCCAAAUUAUUGAAGCGGAAAAACAACUGAUAGAUGCUAACGCAAAGCCCGCAAAUGGUGAUGUAGUUAAAGGAACACUGAGUGUGAGUGAGAUUAGAAAUAUGUUUGCUGCAAAAAGUCUGAGUGACGCUAGAAACAGUUUGUUAUUACGAGAAAAAAAUAAAGCUCAAACUCAAGGAAAAUCAGACUCACCAAAGGGGAAAAGGAAAAGCGUAACAGACAAGCAAUCAAACGGCAACGCACACGUAAUAGAAUACCCAACAGUCGAAAGAAAAGGCAUGUUUUCAUGUUGCAGUAAAGAUAAAAACAAAAGCGACGAUAGUAAUGAUGAGAUGGAAAAAAUCGAAAGCCACAUUCAAAAUUCGGACUCCAUUCCAGACGUAUGCGAGAUCAGACCUCCGCCGAGAAGAAAAUCUGGUGAGAAUCGAAAACCUCCCGACCGACCUCCGAAGACCCCACCCACCCCUGCACCGAGACCUCGAUCCAACUCAUUCACGUGCCUGAACAAUGAACUGUCUGCUGUCGAGAUCACAAACAACCACUUUAGCACACUUAACAAUAGAAAGUUGAACUACAGAGUAGUCUGUGAAAUUAACGAAGGUCAAACUUAUACCGGUCAAAGUCCACCCCAGUUGCCACCACGGUUAGAGAACAGAGUCCUGUCACCGCCCCCACCUAUACUUCUACCUCCGAAAAAGCCACCACUACCUCCGGUCCCGAGCAUGGAAGUUUUACGGAUGAAAAAUUCACAGAAGCAGUCUCCCGUAAGAAAUCCAGAGCAGCGCCUCGCUAGCAUCGGCUCACCUCACUUCCAGCGUAACCUCAACACAUACCGCAACCUCGAGAACGAGAGCAGACUGGACGAAGAACCUCAAAGCAUCAGAUCGACACCAAAUUACAGUUCGAUGACGCUGCAAAGUCGUCACGUGCGAUCCCACUCCGAAACCAAGAAUACCAUUUUGAAGAACAAGGAAAUGUCUACCGCCCUCUCUCUAUGUUCUCCGCAAAUGAAUAGACGGUUUAGUAAUAGCAAUCGACCGGACAUACUGAACGGGGCUCCUGGAUCAGACCAACGAGUGUUCAGUCCACCGUUAUCAGAACGCAAAACCUUCCAACGAGAGAGUUCAAGUCCGGUUCCGAAGGUGAACCACGUUAGGUUUAAAGACGAAGUAGUGGAUGAUAUUCCGACGCCGCCGUCGCCGCCAUCGAAGAAGUUCCCGGAGCUGGCGAACAACGGCCACGUGUCGAUGGAGGCGCUGUUGUGCAAGACGGAGGUGGCGGUGGACGGGCUGCUGCAGCGGCUGCACCAGGUGGCGCAGAAGUGCUCGCACCAGCACGCGCACGGCGGCGGGGAAGACAUCGACGACAUUAAAUUCCAGCGCGCACGCAGCGAACUGACGUCAUGCGCGGUGUCUCUAGUAGGCGCGUCUCGGUCGCUGGUGGGGGCGCUGGGUAGCACCCAGGGCAGUGCCGCCGCCGCCGCCCUCGCUGACUGUCUGACUCCGCUACGAAGACUCUCUGAUCUUGCGCAGGCGCUAGGUCGUCACACAUCAGCGCCUCUCCAGACAAGAAACCUUGUUCUUCGCGUGCAUGACGUCACAGCAGCGUUCAAAGACCUAGCUGGUGCUGAAAUGGCUCAGAUUAUCCACGACCAUAACGCUAAAAGAUCCCAAAAUCAAGACAAAGACUCUACACUAGAAGGUCAGUUGGCCUUAAGAGCUGAAUGCUUGGCUAAUGUUCUUGCUACACUUCUUAGAAGCUUAAGAGUUUUUUCUCCUUAAGUUUAAGGUUAGAAUUUGUAUAAAGCGACGUGUUAAGUUUGUGUUGGCGGGAAUUUGACAGUGACAUUCCAAAAUGGCGUCUGUCCCGAACAAGAUGGCGGAGGCUAUAUAAUUUACCAUAAAUCUGAUGAAUAAAUAAUCGUCUUCGUGUAAGGAAUUAUUAAUGUAUUGAUUUCCAACGGUGUAUAGCCUUCUAUAACCUUGUUGAUAGUGUGAAUGGCUGCUAAUAAUCCUAGCAUUGUUUCAACCAAUAUCGAGCUAUACCCAGUUAGUGUAAAAUAGAUUCUUCUCCUUAGUUGUAUAAGUCUCUGUUGAAAUAUAACCGUUACUAAAAUGAGACCAAAUAAAUUUAGGUAUGUUUGUACAAUUGUAGCUACAUUUGUGUUAAUUUAAUUUGUAGUUUUUGUAAAUUUUAACAUGUGUUAAUGUUUAUAUUUUGUUGUUAAUAUAAUUUCGAUUUAGAUUUAAUUCUACAUUUCUGGCGACUUGGAAAUUCAUUUAUGUCUGUCAAUUCUAAGCAAAAUUUAAUCAGCAUUUUAUAGUUCUUUGAAGAACGUUAUAAAUUUUGACAAAAGACUCAUAAUUUGAAUUUUCCAAUUCGCCUGUUUCAUUGGUCUAUGACUCCGUAGGCGAAAUGUUACCAUAGUGAAUAAUUAAAAUUAAUUUAUGUAUACAUAUCUACAUAUUUACACAAGUACAUAUAUUUUUUACUCUAAGAGUGAUCGUUGCGACUGUAACCACCAUAUCUUCUAAAUGUCUAACUAACCAUAUCUCGUAUGACUUCGGCAUUGAUGUUGACUCCAGCACACACAACUAAUUUUAUUUUAAGUUACACCUGUCAUUUUCGUAUCCGCUGAAAAGGAAAGGGACGGAUAAUUGUAACUUAAAGGAGUGAAUGAAACAACGACCCGGAGGAAUCAAAUAGCCAUCUCGCUGGUAUGCAGCUCGUUUGACGUGUGCUGUCAACUUAUUUCUGUCGGGUUACGUCAACGUAAUUUAAAAGCAAAUUCGGAAUUUGUUGUAUACGAUUUCACGCGUAAAAAUGACGUAGGUAUCUGUGUGUGUGUGUGUUAUUUUUUUUUAGGGUAUGGUUUAUCGUUUACCCGUCCCUUUCCUUUUCGGCGGAUAAGUAAAUGACAAAUAGAACUUAAAAUAAAAUAAGGAAGGUCUACUAGAAUCAGCACCAUUAUUUACUUAUAUUGCAAUAAGUUAGAAUUGCAUAAUAAAAUAGCGAUCAUAGAAGAGGCUUGACAGCUUGCCGCAGUCUGUGUUUCCUUCGCUUAUGAAUAACAAAUUUUAAAAUCAAUGGUUUAGGCUCAUACUGGAUUUGAACCUGCGACCUCACGAUGAGAGCCAAGCAUUCUUCCGACUGGGCUACUACUUGUGUUGUGUUUAUGUUGUUUACGAUAUUUCCGGGAUGAAAGCGUAUUCUGUUAUUUUUUUACUCCCAAUCUAUCACAACAUAACAUAAACAGCCCACCUAUAUACGUCCCACAACUGGGCACAAGCCUCCACUCAUUCCACUGGAGGGGGUAACGUGCAUACUCUGUCUUGCUACUCCGCUAUGGGUUGGUUGUGUUUGGCAUAGAAACACGGGGCCAACGGCUUGACGUGCCUUCCUUAGCACGGAAUCAUCUUAAUUUUUCCAAUUUAUCAUAUACCUAAAUAAUAAAGCCAAGAUGAUUGAUAAAGCCACACACACCCACACCAACAUUUUUGAGAAAUGCAUUUCCGAAUGUAUGUGACCUAACCUGUAUUGGGCUGGUUUUCCCUUCGCGGGUUGGACGGUCAGACAGGCAGUCGCUUCUGUAAAAACCGGACCUGUCAAAUCUUCAGACUAGGUAAGCGGACCCGUCAAUUUUUCAGGUUAGACAAGCGUAACCUGUGAAAAACGGAAUAAUGCUAGGGAGACGAUGAUGAGAGAUAAAGCCAAGGACAAAAAGGAAAACAUAGAAUGUUCCCAUCAAGCUUGUCACCACGGGGUCUCGUGCAAUUUAACUUAUGCGAUGGAAUCUUGUAUAACAUAGUGAAGUUAUUUCGAAAUACCCAUAUAACUUCCAAGGAGUAGGCUAUUCAAGAAACAUGGAAUGCUAUUAAGUAUAAAAGAUUGAGGGUAAACUGCCUAUUUCUCCCAUCAGGUGUCGCUACUGUUGAGUUUUCUUACCAUACUUCACCGGCCUCCGUGGUCCAGUGGUUGAGCGUUGUGCUCACGAUCCGGAGGUCUCGAAUUCGAAUCCCGGUGGGGACAAAUCACUUGCUUAAUGUCCACAGGCGGAUCACCUGAUUGUCCAAAAGUAAGAUGAUCCGUGCUUCGGAAGGCACGUUAAGCCGUUAGUCCCGGUUACUACUUACUAAUGUAAGUACGUAGUCGUUAUAUGAGCCAUGUCAGGAGUCUUUGGCGGCUCAACAGGAACCCUGACACCAGGGUUGAUGAGGUUGGUAAUUCACCUCACAACCCACACGAUAGAAGAAGACAUCAGUCAGUCAGUCAUUUCGAUAUAUCAGUGGCCACACCAUGGAAUUCCAGUUACUACGAACCUAACGCGCCACAUUCCCAAAGAGAAAAAUAUAAAUAGAAUUAGUUGCUAUUUUCGGAGAAGAUCUCAUCAUCAUUAUCAUCUUCCUAGCAUUAUCCCGUUUUUCACAGGGUCCGCUUACCUAACCUGAAGGUUUAACGGUCCGGUUUUUUACAGAAGCGACUGCCUGUCUGACCUUCCAACCUGCGAAGGGAAAAUCAGCCCAUUACAGGUUAGGUCACAUACCUCCGAAAAUGCAUUUCUCGGGAAUGUGGGUUUCCUCACGAUGUUUUCAGAAGAUCUAUUCUUUAGAAUUGAUUAUUUUCAUUAGCGUCCAAGGUAGUUACGGAACCCUAAGUGUGCGGGGCCGACCUGCACUUGACCAGUUUUUUUUUUUUUUUUUGUAUCACCGCGACAUAAAACAAGUUUAGUAAAGCUUAUCUGAUGAAUAUUGACAAGUAAACGCUCAAGUCUCUUCUAUUUUUGCUAUAAUUGAUUACAUUAGCAUGAAACAAUGUUCCAUUCGCGCAUUUUGCAUAAACAUUUGGUGUUGCCAGCUCUUUCUGUUUUUGUAAUAUAAAUGUUGCAAGUUAAGGAAACGUUUUGAUACGUUAUGUGCUGAUAUUAAAAUAUAUUGGUGCUAUUUUUAAGAGCGUGUUUUUGUAUGUGAUCAGUUGAUAAUCAGAAUUCUUUUUGUGCGGUCUGCAAGACGAUAUACUAAACCACUAUGUUGCAAAAUUAACAGAAAAAGAUUUGUUACAUAACAAGGAGUUCUUGUCCGGAACAAACGAAUUUUUCAAAUUUUAAAUGUAGUAUUUUUUUUGCAGACCGUACAAAAACAAUUAAUAGAUAAGUCCGCAUGCACCAGUGAUUUGAAAUAUUGUUUUAUUUUGUAAUUCGCAAGGCAAUAAAAUACGUAUUUUUAUGGAAAUAAAUAGUUAAAUUACAGAUAUGAUUUGAAAACGGAAACUCACUCCCAUAAGUCUAUAAUUAUUUUGUUAUAUUCUAAAACUUAACCCAAUUUUAGUUUGACAGCUUUUAAACUAGUGCCGUCUUUCACUUACAAUAAGCACAAGAAAGAGAUAAAGCUAGUUCUGGAACUGUCUGAAUGUUGCCAUUUUUGAGUAAUGUUUUCUUUCUUACAGUUUUUAAUAUUAUUAUCACAUGGCCAACGAGGGACAUUCCAGGCUAAGUUCCCUGAAAAAAAUAAUAGUGCUGUGCAGAUUUGCCUUUGUUUUACCUUCUAAUUAAAUGGAUAAUAGAUAUCAUCAUCAUCAGCCGUACGACGCCCACUGCUGGGCAUAGGCCUCCCACAAGGAUCUCCACGACGAUAGGUCCUGCGCUGCCCGCAUCCAGCGGCUUCACCAG